AGCGCAGGGAAGAUGGCGGAGGGGCUGGAGCGCGUCCGCGUCUCGGCCGCCGAGCUGCGGGACAUGGUGGCGGCGCAGGCCCGCGCCGCGGCGGGUGGCGGCCGAGACAGCAUGAAAGAAGUGAAGGAGCCAAGACAUCGAAAAGACAACAGGCGCCCAGACCUGGAGAUUUACAAGCCUGGCCUCUCCCGACUGAGGAGCAAACUUGCGCUGCCAAAGCACGAGGCCUCGGAGAAGGAGAGGAGCAGGGCUGAGGAAGGCAAGGAGGAGAGUUCCAGUGACAAAGAUCCUUUGGCAGGAGGGGCUCCAGACAUGGAGGAUUUCAGCAAAGGUGACAGCCACAAGCAGAACGGCCCUUUGCAGGGAAAUGAAGAGACAGAGACUAAACAUGGUCUUCUGGAUCAGGAGAACCUGACCAAGCAGCCUGCUCCGGAUGAGUGGUGUCCCAAGAUCACCCGGAGAACCAAGAAGCCAGACCAGCAGAUAUAUCAGCCAGGGAAACGCCUGCAUUCAGUUGCCAAAGAAUUGGCUCUCCGGUCAACUAAUGAGGAAGUCAUCACGAAGAUGGAGCAGCUGAAAGUUGAAGGAGACGAGCAGACUGAGAAAGGUACUGGAAAAGACAACAACAGGAAAAGCAAAUCAAGCAAAGAGGAUAGAGAGGGAAGCCUGGCAGGGGAAGGAGCGAAAACUGUAAAGGGAGAGAAAGGAAGACGGACAGACCGAAGUGACAGGAUCAGGAAAACAAGCGAUGAGCUGCUGCAGGGGAAGCUGAGCUCCACGAAACGGUACUCCCGCUCUGACAAGCGGCGGAGCCGAUACCGCACCUGCAGCACGAGCUCAGCUGGAAGCAACAACAGUGUAGAUGGAGCCCUGCUUGUGGAUGGGGUGGAGAGGCGGCAGGAGCGUGCCAGGGAAAGAAUACGUCCUAGGAAGCAGCUCUCUGCAUCCUCCACUGACUCCUUGGAUGAUGACAGAAUUGAUGAGGCAGAAGCAUACGUCUCUAGCAGAAAUUCAGAAAAGAAGAAGCGUUCAGAGCAGAAUCGAGCUUCUAGGAGCGAGAGCGAGUGGAGCAGCAAUGGCAGGGAAAGCAAGGGAUCCUUUCGAGUCACCUUUGACAACAAGACUUUAAACAGAGAUAUCAGCCUGUCGGAAACGGAUAAAAAAAAGCCCCUGAAGGCAUUUGUUGGUUCUAAUGACUCAGAGACUUUGGAAGCGAGGGGACAGGGUAGAGAGCCUCAAGGCAGGGGCCGUGGGAUUCUCUUCCUGCCUGCUAACACAGACCUCUCAAUCAGUGCUACUGGCUCCCCUGAACCCAGUCACCCGGGGCCCAGGCUCCUGCUUGGUGGUGCUGGGAAUAAAGGACUCCGAAGCAGAGGCCGAGGCAGCACUGUUCGCAGGUUGUGGGACCCCAACAACCCGGACCAAAAGCCUGCCCUGAAGAGCCAGACCUCCCAGCUUCACUUCCUAGACACGGACGAUGAAGUGAGCCCCACCUCCUGGGGGGAAGCCCGCCAGGCCCAGACAUCCUACUAUAAGUUCCAAAACUCUGACAACCCCUACUAUUACCCUCGGGCCACUGGCCAAGGCCCACAGUAUCCUUACAGCGGGUAUUCCAUGCAGUAUCCUAUGGGCCCAAGUAAUGGUGUUUACCCAGGAGCCUAUUACCCUGGCUAUCCCGGCCAGACAGGGCAGUAUAUCUGCAGCCCACUCCCUCAGACUCCUCUGAGUCCUGAGAUGGAGCAGCAGAUGCGGAACAUGCAGCAGCAGGAGCUCAGCAAACUCCUCCGUGAGGCUGGGAACCAGGAGCAGCAGCUCAGCAAUCUACUUUCCAGAGAUCGCAUCAGCCCAGAGGGGCUGGAGAAGAUGGCCCAGCUGAGGGUAGAGAUGCUGCAGUUGUACGAACGGUGCAUCCUGAUGGAUAUUGAGUUCUCUGAUACCCAGAAUGUGGACCAGCUGCUGUGGAAGAAUGCGUUCUACCAGGUGAUCGAGAAAUUCCGGCAGCUUCUCAAGGACCCUUUGGGGGAAAACAGUCAAGAAAUUCGUAACAAACUGCUCCAGAUUCUGGAUGAGGGCACGUCUUUUUUUGAUGGCCUACUCCAGAAGCUGCAGGUGUCAUACCAGUUCAAACUGGAGGACUAUAUGGACGGCAUGGCCAUCCGUAGUAAGCCUCUGCGAAAAAUGGUGAAGUAUGCCCUAAUCAGUGCUCAGAGGUGCAUGAUUUGUCAGGGAGACAUUUGCCGAUACAGAGAGCAAGCAAAUGACACAGCAAACUACGGAAAAGCACGCAGCUGGUACCUGAAGGCUCAGCAAAUUGCUCCCAAAAACGGCCGACCAUACAACCAGCUGGCGCUGCUGGCCAUCUACACGAGGAGAAAGUUGGAUGCUGUCUAUUAUUAUAUGCGCAGUCUGGCUGCCAGCAACCCCAUCCUCACAGCCAAGGAGAGCCUCAUGAGUCUGUUUGAAGAGACAAAACGCAAGGCUGAGCAGAUGGAACAGAGGAAGCAUCAGGUGCUGGAGCUGAGCCCCAGCCGCCGGGGAAAGGGCAAGAAGUCCAUGUUCCGACAAGUUGAAGAUGAUGCCACGCGGCUGGAGAUCUGGAUCCAUCCUUCCCACCCCCGCUCCUCCCAGGGCCAUGAGUCCGGCAGGGAUUCUGAGCAGGACAACGGUCUUGGGAACCUCAGCCCCAGCGACCUGAACAAAAGGUUCAUCCUCAGUUUUCUCCAUGCCCAUGGGAAGCUGUUUACCAGGAUUGGGAUGGAGACUUUCCCUGCGGUGGCUGAGGAGGUCCUGAGGGAGUUCCAGGUCCUGCUGCAGCACAGCCCCCCUCCCAUCGGAAGCACCCGCAUGCUCCAGCUUGUGGCAAUCAACAUGUUUGCAGUGCACAACUCCCAGCCCAAAGAGUGUGUCUCUGAAGACUGUCGCUCUGUCAUCCAGGAACAGGCCACGGCCCUGGGGCUCUCCAUGUUCUCCCUGUUGGUGAAGAGGUGCACCGGCCUGCUGAGAGAAUGUGUGCAAGCUCAGCCACAAGAAGUGGAGCAGGAGGAUGAGGAAGAUGACAUCAAGGUCUCUGCAUUGCCUCAGGACCUGAAGGAGCUGCUCCCCAGUGUGAAAGUCUGGUCAGACUGGAUGCUUGGCCACCCAGACACCUGGAAUCCUCCUCCUACCUCUCUUGAGCUUCCCAAACAGGUCUCGGUAGAUGUGUGGGCGACGCUGGCUGACUUCUGUAACAUACUGACCACAGUGAAUCAGUCGGAGGUGCCCUUGUACAAGGACCCAGAUGACGACCUUGCCCUGCUCAGCCUGGAAGAGGAUCGGCUGCUCUCGGGCUUCGUCCCCCUGCUGGUCGCCCCUCAGGAGCCCUGCUACGUGGAGAGGACCUCGGACAAGGUUAUUGCAGCCGACUGCAAGAGGGUCACAGUUCUGAAGUAUUUCCUGGAAGCCCUUUGUGGACAAGAAGAGCCUUUGCUGGCAUUCAAGGGUGGAAAAUAUGUGUCAGUGGCACCCGUCCCAGACGCCAUGGGAAAGGAAAUGGGAAGCCAAGAGGGAAAACAACUGGAAGAUCAGAAGGAAGAUGAUGUGCUGAUUGAGGCAUUUGAAGAUGAUUCUGAGGCUGAAGGCAGUGGUGGAGAGUUUGACAUCAAGGAACUCAGAGCCAAGAAGCAAGCACUGGCCAGAAAAGUAGCAGAGCAGCAGCGUCGUCAAGACAAGAUUCAGGCCGUGCUGAAAGAUCAGAGUCAGGUGAGGCAGAUGGAGCUGGAGAUCAGACCCGUAUUCCUGGUCCCAGACACCAAUGGCUUCAUCGACCAUCUCAGCAGCUUGGCAAUGCUGUUGGAGUGCAGGAAGUUCAUCCUGGUGGUGCCGCUGAUCGUGAUAAACGAGCUGGAUGGCCUGGCCAAGGGCCCAGAGAUGGAGCACCGGGCCGCAGGCUAUGCCCGCCAAGUGCAGGAGCGAGCCAGGAAGUCCAUCGAGUUCCUGGAGGAGCGAUUCGAGAGCCGUGACAACUGCCUGAGGGCUCUGACCAGCCGAGGCAACGAGCUGGAGUCCAUCUCCUUCCGCAGCGAGGACACCACGGGUCAGCAGGGAAACAACGAUGACCUGAUUCUGUCCUGCUGUCUCCACUACUGCAAUGACAAGGCCAAGGAUUUCAUGCCCUCUAACAAAGAUGAUCCGAUCCGGUUGCUCAGAGAAGUGGUUUUGCUCACAGACGACCGGAACCUGCGAGUCAAAGCGCUGACCCGCAACGUGCCCGUGCGGGACAUCCCCACCUUCCUCAAAUGGGCCCAGGAGGGCUGAGGGGGCCGAGCAGGGAGGAGAGCCCCUCAGUGAGUAACGCAGCGUGUUGCGGUGGGAGAACGGCUUCGGAGGCAGCCCUCGCCACGCGUCGCCACCGCCUUCCAGCCCACAAUGAACAAUAAACGCCACGUCUUCAACCCACCCCAGAAUGGCCGUGCUGCGGAGGGCCCCCCCGGGGGCAGGCAAGCUGGGAAGGUCAUUGCUGUGGAUGGUUCAUGCGGAGGCUGGGACAUUGAGGGUCCCGCCAUCCUUCGGGCGGUGCUGGAGCAGAGCAGGAGAGAGCCCUGCUGUCUAGGGAAGCUUUGGGUGAGCCCACGCCAGAUCGCCAGCCUUUUGCUUGGUUUGCUUGGUUGCAGAGAGCACAAGUCAGCGUCUCUUUGGGUUUGCAGUCUGUUAGGGCAGAGACCGGGGAUGUGACAGUGCAGACUUUGGGAUUACUUAUUCUAGCUCAGCCCUGAGAGCGAAGCCCUGCUGGCACAGCCCUGGGGCCCCCAGGAGGACUGGCUGUGCCCCUCGGAGAUGCUGCGGACUUCAAGGUCAGGCUCCCUCCUGCCCGGCUGCAUGCUCUGCUCUCUCCAGUCAUCCCUCCUCCCCCAGCCUGUUUGUCUCAGCUGUCUCAGGCAGCACCCAGUCUCCUCUCCCCUUCCCCACCCCACUCCCAUCCCACCAGAGCAGGGCUGCAACUGGCCACCGACCUGGCGCCUCACAUCCCACCGAGGGAAUUGUUGCCUUCUGCUUGCAGGGGCUGUUUUCCUCUCUCUGGUGCAGGGUUUACUUGUUGAGUUUCAGUUCCGGCUUCGGUAGGUGUUAGUGUUCAGGUGUGUGCACUGCCUGCAGUGGAAGGGAGGCUUUGAACACCUCCAGUACCCCAGAUGCUUUCACCCUUCUGUUCUGCCCCGCUGCCCACCCAGACGUUAGCUGCCCCUCCCUCUACUUUCCCAAACCCUUGGUCCCACUCUGCUGCCUUUGGGCACAUUUUCAGCCAAGACUUUGGCAUGAGGCUAACAAGAUCCAUGGAGGCCCUGAGGGUGCCAGGACAGGCAGUCUCGCAGGUCCCAAGUGCUUGCACAUCUCCGCAGGCUCCUCUCGUGUGGAGUUUGGCUUGUGCCCGUGGAGCUGGGGCCUGGCUGGAGAGAAACCAGGCACCGCUGUGGCUGCCUGCCCAGCUGCCCCUCGCCGGGGAGGGAGCCUUGAGCAGACACUGCUGCCACAUCACUGGUCGUGCAGGGUUACCCGGCACCAGGAGCAGUGCAGGGGGCUGAGCACCCCUCCCCCCCGCCAAAUUGCCACAUUGCCUCUACCACCAAGCUUUUGCCAACGUCCCCCCCCAAAAAAAAAAAAAAAAAAAAAAAACAGAUCUCCACUACACCCCAGCAACAGGAGCUAAGAGGGAGCAUUAGCCAGUGACUGAGAGCCUCUGGUGCUCCGGUAAGUACCAGUCCCAGAGGCAGGGAGUGGAGUUGCCCUUUCUGGGUGCCUUGCAGCACCCUGAGGUUGUCCACUGGGGAGCAGCAGCAAUGGGAGAGAAGUGAGAAGCGGCAAAAAAAAGCAGCAGGGCUGAACCAGCAUUUUCCUUUCCUGAGUCAGUGGCUUGGGGCUGGGGCCUACACUAGAGCAAGUUCGAGCAGGAAGCCCAAUGUUAGCCCUGCCUAAGCCUUCGCUGGCCACCUGGCCUCACGGUGCGAGCCAAAGCGGGGGUGUCAGAGCCCGCGAUGCUUCGCAGGGCCGCUUGGCGCCUGCUUUGAUGGCCAACAGGCCGGUGCUUCACGGACGGCAGCCCUUCCCCAAGUGCUGGCCGCAGCAGUGGUGUCUGCACAGCACCGCGUGGAAGAUGAGCAAUGGUUUGUGCUUGUUCACCGGGACCAUACGGAUGCCAUGGCUGCAGGGGCUGCUGCCAGCAAAGCGGGUCUGUGCUCAGGAGCAGAGCCUGUUCACCAGAGACUUUGGGAGCCCUGAGCCGCACAGAGCCAACAGCGUGGGCCGAGCACGUCCUGGGGCCUGUGGGAAGCAGCAAAUGCAAGCAGCCAGGCCCUGGGUUUUGUGCAUGCGGCUGGAGACUCUGCCGCAGAGUCUGGGCUAGCCCACACCUGUGUACAGCGCUGUGCUGAGUUCAAGCAACAUGCAGACUUUCCUUUUUCCUCAAAGCUGAUUGCGUUUGAAAUGUUUAUUUUCUAACGAAGCUGCCCCAGGCCGCGCGGCAAACGGGCGGCCGCUUCGCGAGGCCGGGCCGCUUGCUGGGGUUCGCUCAGCUCAGAGGGCCGCGCGGACUGGGAGCCCUGGCGCCGCGCUGCAGGCUCUGCGGCUGGGGCGUCGCGCCGGGCCGGAGCGGAGCGAAGCGGCGGGGCCUGCCGCGCGCGCCCGCGCAGCGGAGCGGGGAGCCGCGGAGCCCGGCCGCCGGCAGCCCCCUCCGGGGAGAGCUGCGGGGCAGCGGCCUGGUGCCGUCCCCAGGGAGCCUUUUUCCUGGGGAGCUGGCCGCAUUCGGGCUAUUCUGUUACAAUGGUUUUAAUAAUUUUUAGUAUUAAACACUUGUCUGUG